CAACCUUUGCCUUUUAGUUUCGUUUAGUUUUUGCUUUCCAUUCCAUUUCUUUACAAACAAAACGACUUCAAGAGAAAACACACAACAGAAGACUUUCUCUUCAUUAAACCACAUCUUAUUAUUAUUAAAUUUUACACUCUUCCUUAUUUCUCUUUCUCUCUCUCUUCUCUCUGUGCCAAUUCCCUCUCUCAACAAUCACCCACUUUCUUUCCAGAUCUUCCCUCUCGGAAAAGUUUCGACUUUUUUUCGGUUAGAAGACGAGUUAGAUGCUGAGUUAUAAACAGAAAAAUUGAGGUGGGGGAUUGGAGUAUAUGGAUAGUUUCUGUUGCUUCAGUUCUGUCAGUCAGGUGGUUGGAGGGCGAUCUUCUUGCAACUCUGGCAAAGGCAAGAGCAGUCAAUCAUCGGUUAAAUAUGGCUUUAGCCUUGUUAAAGGGAAAGCCAACCAUCCAAUGGAGGAUUAUCAUGUAGCAAAAUUUGUUGCUUUCAAAGGACAAGAAUUAGGUCUUUUCGCUAUAUACGAUGGACACCUAGGAGACAGCGUGCCAUCAUAUUUGCAAAAGAAUCUCUUUUCUAAUAUCUUGAAGGAAGAGGACUUCUGCGACGAUCCAUUCAUGUCCAUUUCUAGAGCUUAUGUGUCGACAGAUCAGGCAAUUCUUACUCACAGUCCUGAUUUGGGGCGAGGAGGAUCAACUGCUGUAACUGCAAUUCUCAUAAAUAAUCAGAAAUUAUGGGUCGCCAAUGUUGGAGAUUCACGAGCAGUACUGUCAAGGGGAGGGGAAGCUUUACAGAUGACUACUGAUCAUGAACCUAAUACGGAACGGGGCAGCAUUGAGAAUAAAGGCGGCUUUGUCUCAAACAUGCCAGGAGAUGUUGCAAGAGUGAAUGGUCAGCUUGCGGUUUCUCGAGCAUUUGGAGACAAAAACCUGAAAACACACUUGCGAUCUGAUCCUGAUAUUCAGUAUGCUGAUGUUGACUCAGAUGUUGAGCUUUUGAUACUUGCUAGUGAUGGUCUAUGGAAGGUAAUGGCGAAUCAAGAAGCUGUUGAUAUUGCAAAAAGGAUAAAGGAUCCGCAAAAGGCGGCUAAACAACUAGCUACUGAGGCAUUGAACAGAGACAGUAAGGAUGAUAUUUCUUGCAUUGUAGUUCGUUUCAAGUGAUGAAAAAGGGAACAUACAUACAUACAUACUCUAAAUUUUCAGGGUAUAUAUAUAGGAUUUCCCAUAUAAGGAUGCAAUCUCAUAAUCUACUCGUUUAUCAAUUUGGAAUUUUCUGCAAAAUAGGUUUUGCUUCCUUCACUUCAUAUGUAAAAAAUUAUAAAAUUGAGGUUGUUGAGUUUAGGUGGUGUCAUUUUAGUAUUUCUUGAUUUCUUGGUUGUGAGAUAGAUUCAUACAGCAUAAUUUUUCUUUGUAAUAUGCUUUUUAUGUCAGUGUGAUGAUGGAUGGCCACAGUUCAUACAUUAUUGAGCAUGGGAUUUGUGCUUUUAUUUUAUCACCAAACGAGUGUAUGAUUAUAUACUAUACUUGUUUGAUUGAUUACAUGAAA